CGUUUUAUCAUUACAGAAAAUGAAGAACAACACCGGCAAUGCCAAGCUAAUCCUCCUCCAUCCUUACAUCCAAAAACAAGGAAGUUCCAGCAAGUUAUGGCUUCUCGCUUUCAUUUCCUUCUUCACCGUAGCUUUCCUUCUCACUCUCGUAUACACCCGAGAGUCGAUAACCGGGAAAACCGUCGCAGCGGCCGCGAUCACGACCGUGGCAGGUGGUGGUGUUACAGCACCAUUGCCGACCACCGUCGUCAACACCCUCCUCCAUUAUGCUUCCAAAUCCAACGACAGUUACCACAUGCCGUAUUCCGAGAUGAAGCCGAUCGCCGACGUGCUCCGAAAAUGCUCCUCGCCCUGUAAUUUCCUCGUUUUCGGGCUAACUCCGGAAACCCUUCUCUGGAAAUCACUGAACCACAACGGCCGCACGGUGUUCAUCGAAGAAAACCGGUAUUACGCCGCUUAUUACGAAGAGUUGCAUCCCGAGAUUGACGUCUUCGAUGUCCAAUACACGACGAAGAUGAGUGAAACGAAAGAGCUUAUAGCUUCGGCCAAGGAACAAAUCCACAACGAAUGCCGACCGGUCCAAAACCUGCUGUUCUCAGAGUGUAAGCUUGGGAUCAACGAUUUGCCGAAUCAUGUUUACGAAGUGGAUUGGGAUGUGAUAUUAAUCGACGGGCCGAGAGGCGCCGGAACGGAAAGUCCCGGAAGAAUGCAGCCGAUUUUCACCGCCGGCGUGUUGGCGAGAAGCAAGAAAGGGAGCAACCUUAAAACACAUAUAUUUGUCCAUGAUUAUUACAGAGACGUCGAACAGAUUUCUGGGGAUGAGUUUUUGUGUAAGGAGAACAUGGUGGAACGUAAUGGUAUGCUCGCACAUUUCAUGGUUGAAAGAAUGGAAGAGAACAGCUUCCAGUACUGUCGCAAUAAAAACAAUUCUUCAUCGUCAACAACAAAAGCUCCAGUUUCGUAGUUGUUAAUUAAAAAAAAAAAAGAUCGCUUGUAAUAUUUAUCAUCAUAAUUUCAAGAUCGACUUUUAUGUUUCCCUG